UCAGUGGGGCCAUAAUGCACUAAAUACCAAUGCUUAAGAAAGAAAUUUCUAGGGGGGCCUGAGAGACUUGGCAAGUCUAUGAACGGACCAUCCGGAAAAGCGAAAGCUUUUAAUGCGUUUGGGUGAUCAGUGAUCUUCAUUAUCUUUGACUUCUCUCUGUACGGGGCUCUACAACACCAGAUGGAUACAGAGGUAACAGAGCUAUUAGCAGACUUGGAGGCGCGAAUCGGAUGGCCGCUCGGGCUCGAGAUUAUGAACUUGAGACUCAGGCUGUUCGAGAGCUUACAAUCGGCAACCGUCGAUCCCCGAUCUUUUCGCGCGCCCUCAACCUGUUUCUCCUCGUUAUCAUCCUCUGCCCUUGACACAGAGUCGUCGGCGUCCUUCUUCCAAGACAGCAGCGUGUCGCUUGGUCGCCUGAUCGGGAUCAGACCCAGCAACAGCCAGCGUUUUUACUUGCCCGACUCGAAUUCGAUUCGGCAUGAAGAACCAGCGACGAGACUGGUAAGGGGCUCUCUCUCAGAGAAAACCAAGGGGAGGCGAGCAGAUGUAACCCGAGGAAUCUGCGUUCCAUUGCUACUUAGCAUCCUCGUAAGAAUAACCCCAAGUAAGAGCAAACCAAAAUGAUUGUUCCUCGUGUAGGUGAUGCUGUCAAACUAUGUUGAACACGCUUGAAUCUAUCGCAGACGGUAUCCACAAGAGAAACAUACCUUUAUGUUGCUGUUCUUGUGAUGGCCUAUUGGGCCAGGCCUAGUAAGAGAAUUUCUGGUUUAACACUU